UAGUCGGAAUUUCGUCACACUGUAAAUGCGAUACAAAUAAGGAAGCGUGAUUAGUCACGCAUGCCAGCGAGUGUCAGGGUUGCCAAAUUGUUCAAAUUGUCACUGAAUGGAACGCUGGAGGUGGGCGCGGCAAAGGCAUUUAUAGCUGUAGUAACUCACGCCAAGCGUGCGUCUACUGUCUCGACGAAGUUCAAGAUUUCAGCAUGCAACAAGUGGACUUGGAAAUUGGCGAGAAUCUGGAGCGCCACCGGACGGCGGGCUUCAGCCACGCCAAAGCUCUGGUGGUUCGAAGAGGGGCCCCGUUCAGAGUCAGCCUGCCCAUGAAGGCUCGCCCUUUUGACGCCCGCACCGACACCCUCAGGGUCAAAGUCAUGCUCGGCCCCCUGUACGUGACCAUCCCCGUGACUUUCUCGAAAAGGUCUCCUUCAUCUCGCUGGGGGGCCUUCAUGGACCCCGAGGGCUUGGACGUGAGCAAGCCCUCCGUGUUCAUCCGCGCCCCCGCCUCGGCCUCGGUGGGCCGCUACACGUUCAAGCUGUUGGCGUUGGAUCAAGACAAGCCCAAGUUUCUCUUUUUGGGCAAAUUCAUCCUGCUCUGCAACUCCUGGUGUCGUGCUGAUAGCGUCUACAUUCCCUUCGAGGACCAGAGGGAGGAAUACAUCCAGAAUGACUCGAGUUUGCUCUUCAUGGGGACGGCGACGAAUGUCGUGUGCAGACCGUGGUCCAUGGACCAGUUUGAGCCAGAUGUCCUGGAAGCGUGUCUCAACGUGCUCAAUGUCAGCCCUCAGCACCAACACGAUAAGAGGAUGGACUACCUGUACCGCAACAACCCGGUCUACAUCAGCCGGGUAGUUUCAGCCAUGAUCAACUGCGAGGACGACCGCGGCGUGCUGAAGGGCAACUGGUCGGGCGACUUCAGCGGCGGAGUCCACGCGUCCACGUGGACCGGCAGCGGAGACAUCCUGAGGAGCUGGGCUCAGUCCGGCUACCGUCCGGUCAAGUACGGCCAGUGCUGGGUGUACGCCGCCGUCAUGUGCACAGUCAUGCGCGUCCUCGGCAUUCCUUGCCGCGUCGUCACCAACUUCAACUCGGCUCACGACACCAACGGCAAUCUGGUCAUCGAGGAAUUCUACAGCGAGACGGGAAAGAAGCUGAAGAGCACCAAAGACUCAAUAUGGAACUUCCACGUGUGGGUGGAGUGUUGGAUGACUCGCCGGGAUUUGGGCGGCGACAUGGACGGCUGGCAGGUUCUGGAUCCCACCCCGCAGGAGAGGAGCAGAGGUGUAUACUGCUGCGGGCCGGCUCCCGUCAAGGCCAUCAAGGAGCGCCGCGUCGACCUCUUCUACGACGUCCCCUUUGUGUACGCCGAGGUGAACGCCGACGUCCACACGUCGGUGGUGAGCCAGGGCCGCGUGGUGAGCCGCGGCGUGGACACGGAGAGAGUGGGGCCGCUCAUCUGCACCAAAGCUGCGGGAAGCCCGAGGAUGCACAACGUCACCGGCGACUAUAAAAACAUCAAAAGCCCCUUUUCAACACUCUCAUCAAGCUCAGAGAGCUCGACGCUCAGGCGAGGCACGGACAAAAUGGCUGCCGUCCUGACGCUGGAUAAAGCUCCCGUGGCCGGCGCGGUCAUCCGCUUCACCUUGAAAGUCAUCAACAGGCAGCGCGUGGCCAAGAUGUUGAAGGUCCACCUCAACGCGCAGACCAAAGAGUACAACAGCAGCCCCGCGGACACUUUCUGGGAAGACCACAGCCUCGUACGACUCGGCCCCUCGGAAGCGAAGUUUAUGAAGCAGCAGAUCCUUCCGGGCCAGUACGAGGACGUGGUGGGGGACGACCUGGUGAACCUGGCGGCGGUGCUGGAGGACGUGGCCACUCACGAGCGCGUGCUGGCCGUCGAGGAGUUCAGCGUGGUCACUCCAGAGCUCCUCAUAAAGAUUGAAGAGGAGGAUAACGUGACGCUGAACCAGGAGCAGAGCGCCAUCGUGACCUUCACCAACCCGUUCUCGCAACCCGUAAGCGGCGUGCUGAACGUGUCCGGCGCCGGCCUCCUCCGAGGCCACGCCAACUUCAGGAUGUUCCCGCUGCAUCCAGGAGGAAGCGGAGAGCAACACAUCACCUUCGUCCCCAGCAUGACGGGAACGAAGAUGCUUCAGGCCUCGCUGAGCCUCUCAAACAGGUCCACUGUCAGAGGAUUCAAGAUGGUCUCCGUCCGCCGUCUUUAAAAUGUUUUAUUUAUUUAUUUAUUUUUAUUUACCUUCAAAUGUGAACGCGGUCAUUGUACACUUUUUGUAAACUGCCAAGCUGUGACAUGAAGUUGUUGGGGGUUUUUCGUACUCGGUUAUGUAUCGUAUGUGCACUACUUCACUCUUUUGUGUCUGCAAGCCGAUUAUCGCUCCUGGAAAUAAACUCAUUCAUUUAAUCUGAAACUAUUAUUGUACUGUUAAUAUAAUAAGAAAACUAAAUUCUAACUUAAUUGAUUGGACAGUGUACGCAUUUGUUAAAUGAGCACAUUUUAUGUUAUGUUAUGUUAAAUAUUUCAGUUCAGUGUAUGGAAUGCUAAAUGACUAAGCGAUGGAAGGUUAUUAAUAAAAUUCAUGAAACUUUAAAUUAAUGGAUUUGGUGUUUUCUAUUUUAAUUUUAUUGAUGUCUAAUUAACAUUGUAUUUGUAAAUGUAUAUUCCGGUUUUUUUUCAGUAGUCCUCUAAAAUGUAUAUUUCACUUAAUAAUUCUAUUUAUAACGUAUAUAGAAAUUAAAAUGGUA